CAACCACCAUCCAACCAUGGAAUUCGACCAUAUCGCAGAAAGAAAACAAGAACAAAAAGCCACAACCUGGCUUCGUCUCUGGUCCAACCGACAGCCAGAGCUCCUAUCAAUGCACCUUGCCCACAAACACCGACCAGCCAGCGGCAAACCCAUCUCCGCAUGCCUCUGGAAAAGCGGAGCAUUCAACAUCUGCUAUCAAGUAAGAUACAACAACAGCAACGAAGAACCAGAUAUCAUCAUCCGCUUCGCCGCUCUAGGAAGAGCCAUUCUUCGCCGAGAAAAAGUCCAAAAUGAAGUCGCAACAAUGAACUACCUCCGCAAGACCACCUCGAUCCCCAUCCCCGAAGUAUACGCCUCAGGGAUCUGCUGGGCAGGUCCCUACAUAAUCAUGUCAAUCAUCGAGGGUGUACCACUAUCUCAGCUCCUCAAGGACCAUUCUGUCGAAGGACGACCAGUCCUAAACCCGCAAAUAAGCAAUCACAGCUUGAAGCACGCAUACCGCGAAAUGGCCAUCCUAGUCCUCGAGCUCUCCAGAGUAGAACUCGACUCCAUCGGCGCACUCCAAGAUACAAAGCAUGAUUGCUUCACCAUCACCAAACGACCUCUCACCUUCAACAUGAACGAGCUAAUGGCUUCUGCAAACCUACCACUAGAAGCAUUCCCACCCCCCUCUCACACCUUCACUUCAUCCACAGACUACUUCUACUCCCUAGCCACACAGCAUCUCCUCCACCUUCGUCUACAACAACAAAACCCCUCCAUCACCAGCGAAGAAGACUUCCAACGAAAACUAAUCGCUCGCUACCUAUUUCAAAACCUAACAAAAAACCUCCACCUCACUAACCCCCAAGGCCCUUCCUUCACGUACGUAGCGCCUUGGUGGCUGUUACUCCAGAGUCCGGAGGACUGGGAGGGAGAUCUGCAUCAAUUCCUGGAUCGGUAUAUCCCCCGGUGCAAUGUGUUUUUGGAAGUAUUGCGUGAGUGUGAAGACGAGUUGAUUGGGCAAGGGCUUCUUUCGGAAUCACAACGGUUGGCUUCGAGGAUGGGCGAGUCCUUGGACAAUGGGCUAUUUUGGAUGUGUCUUGCCGCGAGGUAUAGUUCUAUGUUUGAUGAGAUUUAUUGGGGGUUUGUGGAUCGGCGGUUUUAUGGGGAUUUGGGGUCUUUGCAGGAUCGUGUACGGCUGUUGAGUGAGGAGCAGCGGCGGGAGAUGGAUGAGCUGGUGAGAGGUAAGAUGGGUCAGUGUGAUAGGGGUGAAGAUGAGUUCGAAGAUCAUUAUCCGAUUGAUAUGUUACUUGAACUAUAA